CAAAUGCGCACACCAAGGGCAUAGGUUUGGUCUCCGCAUUGGUAGGGGCACUGCCCGUCAUUGGGAACUUGGACAUUUAUUUUUCACUCUUCUGGGCGACGAACAAAAACUGUCUUCUUCAGGUCCAAAACCAUGGCCAAGGUUUUCAAGAAAGCCAGUAGAAAUGGGCAGGUACUUUCCUACUCUGUGCAUAUUUCAGAUGUUUACAAUCAGUGACAAUAUAUCCAAUAUAUUUAUUAUGUGCAACAAAUCAAGAUAUUUGCAGUGAGAUAUGAAUGUAGUUUUGAGGACCGUAGUGUUGUGUAUCAAGAAAAAAUCCUAUGCUACUAAAUGCAAAUGUUCGAUCAAUCUCGACCUGACUUUCUUUAUAAAUUAGUUAACUGUAUACAAUUUUCAUUUUUAUGCUACUGAUUCUCUUCUUAAGCUUGUACUCUACUUGGGCAAGAGGGACUUUGUAGACCAUGUGGAAAGUGUUGAUCCCGUUGAGGGUGUGUUGAAGAUCGACCAGUCAGCUCUGGGUGGGAGGAAAGUGUGGUUACAGAUGACCUGUGCUUUCCGCUAUGGCAGUGAAGAUCUGGAUGUGAUUGGACUAUCCUUUAGGAAAGACAUCUGGAUGCAACACUUACAGCUCUUCCCCCCAGCUGGCCAUAACCCCACCAUAACCCCACUGCAUGAAGCCCUGCAAAAGAAAGCCGGAGAGGAGGGUCUUCCCUUCACCAUUGAAAUCCCAACAAACCUGCCUUGCUCUGUCACCCUUCAGCCUGGAGAGGACAAUAAAAGCAAGGCUUGUGGGGUGGACUUUGAGGUGAAAGCCUACAUGGCUAUGGAGGCUGAUAAUCCAGACGAACAAGUGGACAAGCAGGAUACCUGCCGCCUGAUUAUCCGGAAGAUCCAAUAUGCCCCAAACCAGACUGGGCCAGGCCCUAAGCUGGCCAUCAUGAAGUGUUUCAUGACAUCAGACAAGCCUGUCCAUAUGGAAUUAUCCCUGGAUAAGGAGAUCUUCUACCAUGGCAACCCAAUCCCCGUUAAAAUAAAAGUCACCAAUAAAACCAGCAAAGUCAUAAACAAAGUCAAAAUCUCUGUGGACCAAACUACAGAUGUGGUGCUGUAUUCUGCAGAUAAAUAUACCAAAAACAUCUUGAGCCAAGAAUUUUUGGAGACGAUUGAAGCUGAAGGGACAUUUGAGAAAGCUCUCUCCAUCACUCCGCUGCUCGCCAACAACAAGGACAAGAAGGGCUUGGCUCUGGACGGCAAACUGAAAGACGAGGACACAAACCUGGCCUCCUCUGCGAUUAUAAGACCGGGCAUGGAAAGAGACAUUAUGGGAAUCCUGGUUUCCUACAAAAUUAAGGUCAACUUGGUAUCCGGAGGAGGGGGCUUUUUGGGAGGACUGACAGCAAGUGAAGUGACAGGCGAAAUCCCACUGAUUUUAAUGCACCCCAAACCAAAAGCAUGAACUGAAAAUGUGCUGGACGGAGUGUUUGUUCACCCGAGAGGACUUCACUUUUCCAUGAGGAUUUUUUUUCAGCUAGGUUAUUAGUUGUAAAAGAAAUACCAUGUUUUGAGGGCAUAAGUUUAAGGGGGGUUUGUUUAUAUGAGUAUAUCAGGGUACCAUUUUGUCUCCCUCUUUAAGUUUGUUUGGAUGUAACUCUGCUGCUGUUACAGUCCUUGAAAUAGGGCCCCACUGCUUCUCUCUCUCUCUCUCUCUCUCUUUCAUUACAGUCUUUGUAUUCUCACGAUGUAGCCAUUCCAUGCUGUCAGUGUCAACAGCCUGUAAAUUCACAAAGCACCAAAUCCUUUCAGCUACUGUGCAUCUGAACUCAAAAUGCUGAAAAUGCAUUAUUUGCUCAAUUUUUUUUUGUGAGCAUACAUUUUAUCAAGUCUUUUACACGUAUGAUAAGCUUUUGUAUGAGUCCUAUUGUGUCGCUUCAUAUUUCUGACCUCCUUUACAACCUCUACAUGUUGGUGCAGACAGCUCAACACACAGCUUUACUCUGUAAACACUUGCAUCUAAUCCUAAAAAAAAAAAACAAGAGAAAAAAAUAAACAGUUGCCAAAUAUUUUGAGAGGGGGUAUGCAUUGUUUGGCUCUAAAGCCUAAAUACAAACAUUGAGUUCCAGCAGAACCUGUGGUUAGUAAAAUAAGGUGUGUCUAGAGAUUUGAGAUAGAACUGAACAAAGACUUGCUUGUCACUUUUAAAAUGUAGUAAUGAAGUGUUAUCUGUAUGUGAUUUUCUGCAGGUUGCUUAUUUGCUUAAUUUUCAAAGAAAUUAUGUUUUUUUUUUUUCAACAAAAGUAUGCUUUUGAGUAAUGAUAAUACAGUGAUUACAUUAUUAUUAUUAUUAUUAUAAUUAUUAUGAUUAUUAACA